AUGGGUCUUGGGCCUAAAUUUCUACAAGCAAUAUAUUCUGAUCUUUGGAGAAUUGAAACUGUUUGGGAUAUUACUGCUGAAGUCCCAGCAGAUUCUUUUGUAAUUAUGAGGGAUUAUAUGCAAACUCGUCGUAUUUAUGAAAUUCUACGACUUUUCCACACUAAAGUAAAUGUUCCCGAAGAGCUUAAGCAAUUUAAAGAUGAUGUUUUUAAACGAUUGAAAAAACUUGUAAUGGAUCCAAAAAGAGAUAGAGGAAGGAUUGCACAAUCAUUUGCAGAUGAUGAACAAUCUUUGGCUAUUGCAAUGAUGGCAUUUGAACCGGAACAACAGCAACAUCAAUUGGAAACACUUUAUGAAAAUUUGGUGAAUAAUUACAGAAUUGUUUUGGAUCUUUUGGCAAAAUAUGAGAAAGAAUUUGUUAAAUGA